CUUAUGUAACCUGAUGUCACUCCACCAUCACGUGACACCGAAUCGACAGCAGUGUGAGAGCUUCGUCAAGCUGGGGGGGACGUCGAUAUUGCUUUCGACGCGUCCCAUUUGGUGGAAGUUCUCUCGCUGCAAGUGCUGCAGGAUAUGAGCCGUUGCUGCGUGCCAGUCACCGGCCAUGGGGCUUCGCAUCACGACGUGGAAUGUUAAUGGGAUUCGGAACCCAUUCUCGUACGAGCCAUGGAGAGGGACUCGAACCUUUGAGUCGAUGUUCGAUAUCCUAGAAUCGGAUAUCGUGGUAUUACAAGAGACCAAAAUCCAACGAAAAGAUCUCCGAGAUGAUAUGGUCCUGGUCCCGGGAUGGGACUGCUAUUUCAGCCUGCCCAGGGUUAAGAAAGGAUACUCUGGGGUCGUGAUAUAUACACGCAAUGCGACAUGCGCGCCAAUAAGAGCUGAAGAAGGCAUUGUCGGUGUUCUUUGCCCACCCAAUUCAUCAGUCCCUUUCCGAGAUCUCCCAGACGACCAGCAGAUUGGCGGGUAUCCGACUCUCGAGCAGCUUAGAAGACCGGCUGCUGUCCCGGAAGAUCCUGAUUCAAAUGAUGAAGAAGAUGAGGAGAGACUAACCGAAGAGCCGGUUGAUCCAGCAAUUCUGGACUCGGAAGGGCGGUGCGUCGUCCUCGAAUUCCCGGCCUUUGUCCUCAUUGGCGUAUAUUGUCCUGCGAAUCGUGACGAAAGCCGCGAUACAUUCCGGCUCGGCUUCCUGAAUGCCCUCGACGCUCGAAUUCGAAACCUGGUCGCGAUGGGGAAGCGAGUGUUCGUGACUGGCGACAUCAACAUUGCGAAGCAGGCCAUUGACUCCGCGCAUGCUCUCGAAGCCAUACGCAAGAACACUGCAACGGAGGACACGUAUAUCUCCGUGCAAUCCAGGAGGCUAUUCAAUCAGCUACUGGACGACGGGAAGAUCGUUGGGCCUCGCGAAGAAGGCAGGGAAAAGCCUGUGAUGUACGAUAUAUGCAGGUCCUUCCACCCUGACCGGGCUGGGAUGUAUACUUGCUGGGACACAAGGCUCAACACCCGGCCGGGCAAUUUUGGGGCGCGUAUCGACUAUGUCCUCUGUAGCCUCGACAUGAAGGACUGGUUUGUGGACUCCAACAUCCAAGAGGGCUUGAUGGGGUCGGACCAUUGCCCUGUUUACGCCGUCUUCAAGGACAAAGUAUCUCUCGACGGAGAAACGGUACACAUUCGGGAUAUUAUGAACCCACCAGGCGCGUUUGAAAAUGGCGAGCGCCGGCGCGAAUACUCGUCCCAGUGGAUACUACCAGGAUCUGGACGCCUGUUACCCGAGUUCGAUGUCGACAAGCGUCGCAGCAUCAAGGACAUGUUCGCGCGAAAGCCAGCUCCUAGCCUUUCUCGCUCGUCCUCCACGGCCAGUGGCCUGGACAAGACGACCAUGGUCCUAGACGCAGAAUCUACCGAAUCACAGACACCCGCACUGAGCGAAAAGCCUCCCAUCCCACCAAUCUCCUGUCAUAGUCAGCCCUCGGAUACCCUGUCCCGCAAACGAUCACAGCCGCCUCCAGCGACUUCCGUUAAGCGCUCCAAGUCCUCGGCCACGCCUGCAUCAACCGCCACAGCGGGUCAAAAAACACUUAAAGGCUUCUUCAAGCCUAAGUCCGUCGAAGGCAGCGCAUCCACCAAGCUCAAUACAGAACCGCCAAAUUCCAGCAUCCAGCCGAGCUACGACGGAUCAUCGUCCCCUACAAAGACCAGUGCGAAAUCAACUCUUGUCUCUAAAACCGUAGGAGCGACCUCGCAUCCUUUCGAAUCCACCACCGAUACCCAGAUCUCUACAGCAGAGACACGCUCUACGCAAUCCUCACCCAGCAAGUUCCAAACAGACAUCGUCAUCGACCCCAUCGUCAGCAAAGAAGACUGGAACAAGCUCUUCACCAAGAAAGCCCCUCCCCGUUGCGACAGCCACCAAGAACCCUGCAUCAGCUUGACGACGAAGAAACCGGGCAUGAACCGCGGCCGCGCAUUCUGGAUCUGCCCGCGGCCUCUCGGUCCCAGCGGCGAGAAGGAGAAGGGUACACAAUGGCGUUGCCCGACGUUCAUCUGGGCCAGCGAUUGGAACUCGGCUUCGCAAGGAGAGUGAUAGAACAUGUACACCGUCUGCUAUUCUACCAGAUACCAUUUCCGUAGCCAAUGUAUCUCAAUUUUCCAUUAAUCCUGCGUGCGUCCAUUCUAUCACGUAG